AUGGAAUCGGAGGUUGUACUGGCAUCCGAUGAAGCACGUUACACAAAUACCAACAAUCCCUUCAAUGAUCCUAACCUCACAUCCACGUUUGUCUGGACAAAGAAACUUGCUUCCGAAGGCAAAGCAAAUUUAUCAAUCAGCGAAAUCGAGAAAAUGAAUCGGGAACGAAUUCGUAAGAAUUUAACCGAAAUGGAGGAACUGAAGAGGAAUCGAGAAGCACGAGAUGCGGCAAGAGAAGACCUGGAAAUGAUCAAACGGGACGAGGAGCGGCGCCAGAACUGGAACUGGGAGCACACCGAGGAGGGAUUCCUGCUCAGCCAGGCGAAACUUCGCUCGCAAAUCAGGCUGAAGGAAGGGCGCGCUAAGCCAAUUGAUUUUCUGGCCAGGCUAGCAUUUUUGAUUGAGAGUAGCAAGAAAUACGACGAAUUUGAAAUUGUCGACCCGCUCACUUACAUAAAAGGAUUGAAAAUCCGGGAUUUUGAGGACCUCCUUGAGGAUAUUAAGGUGUAUCGGCAGAUCGAUCCACUGGAUAAUGCGGUUUGGUGGACCGAUUUCUGUACAGUUGUGAAAAGCGAGAUCAAAAAAUUAUCCGAUGACAUUAAUGCAACGAAUGCUCGAGAAGCAGUGCACAACUCGGUGCAAAGUGAU